CCAUCCGUAAUUCUAUGAAAAGAUCGGGGCAUUUUCCCAAGCGAGUGCUUCUGUUUUCUCUGUUGUUUCAAAGGGCGUAGGGUUCCAGGAUCCCAAGCAGCGGAGUUAAAUUAACAGAGAAGAGACCAAGGCGCAGACUUUCCUUUUUCUCCCCAGUCACAAUCCCCGCAUAUUUUAGCCUUCUUUUGCCCCUCCGGUUGAAGCUACCUUCAUCCUUUUAUUUCCCGAAUCCGUGUCGGUUUCUCUCCUAGGGUUUUCGUUUCUGUGCUCGCCGAGAAUGGGGUCUUCUCUGCCUCCGAAGGAGGCCAACCUCUUUAAAGUCAUUGUUAAAUCCUAUGAAACCAAGCAAUAUAAAAAGGGUUUGAAGGCUGCAGAUGCUAUAUUAAAGAAGUUUCCUGAGCAUGGAGAAACCUUGUCCAUGAAAGGAUUAACACUGAACUGCUUGGAUCGAAAAUCUGAAGCUUAUGAACUCGUUCGACGAGGUCUUAAGAAUGAUCUUAAAAGCCAUGUUUGCUGGCAUGUCUAUGGAUUAUUAUAUCGGUCAGAUAGGGAAUACCGAGAGGCAAUUAAAUGCUACAGAAAUGCUUUGAGGAUAGACCCGGACAAUAUUGAAAUUUUAAGGGAUCUUUCCCUUUUACAGGCACAAAUGCGUGAUCUGACAGGAUUUGUUGAAACGAGACAGCAACUUCUGGCACUAAAACCAAAUCAUCGUACAAACUGGAUUGGUUUUGCUGUUGCACAUCAUCUUAACUCCAAUUGUUCAAAGGCAAUUGAUAUUUUGGACGCCUAUGAAGGGACACUAGAAGAUGAUUAUCCUCCUGAAAAUGAGCGCUGUGAACAUGGAGAAAUGCUUUUGUAUAAGGUAUCUUUGCUGGAAGAAUGUGGUUUGCUUGACAGAGCACUUGAGGAGAUGUACAAGAAGGAGGCAAAAAUUGUAGACAAAUUAGCAUUCAAGGAACAAUUGGUGUCUAUACUAGAUAAACUUGGUCGCGUAGAGGACGGAGAGAAAUUAUAUAGGUCACUGCUUCUUAUGAAUCCAGACAACUACAGGUAUUUUGUUGGCUUACAAAAGUGCUUAGGGUUGUAUUCUGAAAUUGGUCAGUAUGCUACCGAGGCAAUCAAUCAAUUAGAUGUUUUAUAUAAAUCACUUGCAGAGCAAUAUAGCUGGUCAUAUGCUGCAAAGAGAAUUCCACUUGAUUUUUUAGAAGGUGAAAAGUUCCACCAUGCAGCAGACAACUACGUUAGACCUCUUCUUACUAAGGGAGUUCCUUCACUGUUUUCUGAUCUUAGUCCCCUGUAUGAUCAUUGUGGAAAGGCAGAUAUCCUAGAGCAAUUGUUUGUUGAACUGGAAACUGCAGUAAAAUCAACUGGAUGUUUUCCUGGAAGGGAUAGGAAGGAACCACCUUCAACACUUCUAUGGAUUCUCUUUUUGCUAUCUCAGCAUUACGAAAGAAGGGGGCAGCAUGGUCUUGCUCUGGUUAAAAUUGAUGAGGCCAUCAAACAUACCCCCACUGUGAUAGAUCUUUACUCUAUUAAGGGAAGAGUACUAAAGCAUGCUGGUGAUUUGGUAGCUGCAGCUGCCUUGGCUGAUGAAGCUAGAUCUAUGGAUCUAGCUGACCGUUAUUUAAAUAGUGAAUGUGUUUUGCGAAUGCUAGAGGCAGAUCAGGUUGGACUAGCAGAUAAGACAGCUGUUUUGUUUACCAAGGAUGGAGAUCAACACAACAAUCUGCAUGACAUGCAGUGCAUGUGGUAUGAGCUCGCCUCUGGCGAAAGUUACUUUCGCCAAGGAGAUCUUGGGCGGGCCUUGAAAAAGUUUCUUGCAGUAGAGAAACAUUAUGCAGAUAUGACUGAGGAUCAAUUUGACUUCCACUCUUACUGCUUAAGAAAAAUGACACUGCGAGCUUAUGUUUCAAUGUUGAAGUUUCAAGAUCAGCUGCAUUCACACUCAUACUUCCAUAGUGCAGCCACAGGCGCUAUAAGAUCUUAUAUAAAAUUGUAUGAUUCUCCGUUGAAACCAAGUAGUGAAGAAGAUGGUGAUAUAUCUGGCAUGCUUCCUGCACAAAAAAGAAAAUUUAAACAAAAGCAAAAGAAGGCAGAAGCUCGUGCUAAGAAAGAGGCUGAAGAAAGAAAUGAAGAAGCAAAUUCUAGUAGUAUGUCCAAGUCUGGAAAAAGGCAGCAUGCUAAGCCAGUUGAUUUAGAUCCACAUGGGGAGAAACUGUUGCAGGUUGAACAUCCAUUGUUAGAGGCUACGAAAUAUCUGAAGCUCUUGCAGAAUAACUCAUCGCAGUCAUUAGAAACACAUAUACUUUCCUUUGAAUUAAAUAUGCGAAAGCAGAAAGUUUUGCUUGCUUUCCAGGCAGUCAAACAAUUGAUUAAGUUGGACGAGAAUAGCCCCGACACACAUAGGUGCUUGAUAAAAUUCUUUCAUAGAAUUAGCAGCUUGUCAGCUCCUGUGACGGAUUUGGAGAAACUUAUUUGGAAUGUGUUGGAGGCUGAAAGGAGAAAUAUAAGUCAGUUGCAUGGAAAAUCUCUAGUUGAAGUAAAUAAAAGUUUUCUAGAGAAGCAUAAAGAUUCUUUGAUGCAUAGGGUAGCUGCUGCAGAAAUGCUUUAUCUUUUAGAGCCUGAUAAGAAGCUUGAGGCAAUUCAAUUAAUUCAAGAUACAACAAAUGAUACGGCACCCCCAAAUGGAGCUUUGGGGCCCGUUGGCUUGUGGAGACUUGAGGAUUGUAUCUCAGUACACAAAUUAUUAGAACAAGUUUUCCAUAAUCCUGGGGCUGCACGUAGUUGGAAGGCCCGCUGUGCUGAAUAUUUCCCUUAUUCAACAUAUUUCGAAGGUUUGAAGAGCUCAGCUGUUGUCGGUUUAGCCAAUGGCAAUGAAUACAGUGUGCCUGAGAAUGGUGACUUGAACCAUCAAGUUGUCGGUGGAAGUACUCAAAAUGGAAAUUUGCAUUCUUUCAAGGAUCUCACUAUCUAAUCUGCUGCACUUUCGUUUAUCUAAUUAGUACAUGGAGACUAAGAUCAAUAGAUUCUAAUCAGAGUUUCUCCUCAUGGAUGUUGCUGCACUCGGAGGAAAAUGUCUGUGUAGGAGAGCAGCUGCUUCCUGCAAUUUCAGUCCUUGAUUUUGGUUUCGGCUCGCGGCAGCAUUUUUCUGUACGAAGUUCUCAGGAUUCCUCAUCGCAGCCAUCAAAAUCUUUCCCAAAGAUGUGUAUAACUUAUUUUUCUUCAUAAGUGUGAGACAAGUCUAAUCCACAUUUCACUUGGCGAUUAGCACCUCCCAAUCUUAUUAGUUUACAUUCCUUAUAUUAAAACAGAGUAAAUUUGGCAUUAUUACUUGAGUUUUAACUUAGUCAAUAACUUCUAGCACAGUUAUAUAAUUUUGAAGGUAUUGGGAUUGAAUCCCUUACCUAACUAUUUGUAGGAGAGGUUCCCAUGGCAGGAAGAACAUUAUAAAUGGAGGUCAUCUCAGACUAUUUUGUCUUUUCAUCUUUUGACAUUGUCAAUAUAUUUAUGCUGUUGUAUAGAUGUUUGCCAAUUGCAUCA